AAAAAUUUAAAAAAGGAAAAAAAAAACUUGAGUUGCGCGUACAAAAUGUCCUCCUUCUCCGUCUCCUUCUCUGUUCCAUUCUCGAUCAUCAUCGCCUUUUCUUCUCCUCUGUUCUCAAUUUCUCACAUGCAAAUUCAAGCCAAAUCUCCAUAUUCAAUUUCAAUUUCAUUCUGAAUGGACGGUGAGAAAUCGAGUUUCGCCUCUCUCAUCAACCCUUCCUGCUCCUCUCUUCUCCUCCUCUUCAUCUUCAUCGCCGUCCUCACCCUUCAAAUCGCCACCAGAACUCCUUUUCCGAUCUGGAUGCCUUCCUCCACUCUCACCACGGACACCGAUUCCGAACCGACCUGCUCCGCCUUCUUCCACAGGGAUGUAGCGCCGGAGACGGUGGUUAUGUCGAUAACGGAUUUCGGAGGAGUGGGAGACGGGAGGACUUCCAACACGGAAGCGUUCCGUAAGGCGAUCGAGUACAUGCGGCGGUUCGGCGAGAAAGGCGGGUCUAAACUGGUCGUUCCCAAGGGCAGGUGGGUCACGGGCAGUUUUAAUCUCACCACUAAUUUCACGCUUUUUCUCCAACGUGGCGCGGUUAUUUUGGGCUCACAGGAUCCAGAUGAGUGGCCCAUUAUAGAGCCACUACCUUCUUAUGGAAGAGGAAGAGAGAGAUUGGGAGGAAGACAUAUCAGCCUCAUUCAUGGCAAUGCCCUUUCCAAUGUCCUCAUCACAGGAGAGAAUGGAACUAUUGAUGGUCAGGGGAAGAUGUGGUGGGACCUAUGGUGGAACAGGACAUUAAAUCACACAAGAGGCCAUCUUAUAGAGCUCAUAAACUCCCACAACAUUCUCAUUUCCAAUCUCACCUUAAAAAAUUCUCCCUUCUGGACCGUCCAUCCCGUCUAUUGCAGCAAUGUCGUUAUCAAAAACAUGACGAUCUUGGCUCCCCUCAACGCCCCGAACACUGACGGUAUCGAUCCAGAUUCGAGUACUAAUAUCUGUAUCGAAGACUGUUACAUCGAGAGCGGAGAUGAUCUAGUUGCGGUGAAAAGUGGAUGGGAUCAAUAUGGAAUCAACCUUGCACGUCCGAGCUCAAAUAUCAUUAUAAGACGAGUAUCUGGCACCACUCCAACCUGUUCAGGAGUCGGAAUAGGAAGCGAGAUGUCGGGUGGAAUAUCAAACAUAACGAUCGAGGAUUUAAACAUUUGGGAUUCAGCAGCCGGUGUUCGCAUCAAAUCGGACCAAGGAAGAGGAGGGUACAUUGCAAAUAUUAGUAUAAGCAACUUUGUAAUGAACAGAGUAAAGAUGGCUAUAAGGUUCAGCAAGGGUUCAAACGACCAUCCGGAUGAAGAAUGGGAUCCAAAGGCAGUUCCCAUAGUUAAAGGUAUUUUCAUAAGCAAUAUCACGAGCUUAAAUUCAACAAAGGCUCCUGUUCUGAAUGGCAUAGAGGGCACAUUAUUCGAUGGUGUGUGUAUGAAAAAUGUCACUAUUCUUGGUCUCGCUCCCUCCGCAAAGUGGCACUGUGCUUUCGUGUCGGGCUUUAGCAGUGCGGUGUUUCCUACGCCAUGUCCUCAGCUGCAAAACAUCACGGUCUCAUCGAUGUGCUCGUGAUUUUAAGCUUCUGCAGGCACAGUUUUGCUUACUUUUGGGCAUCACAUGAGACCAUGACAUAUGCUUGGAGCUUUUCAGUUUUCAAAAUUUGAGUUAUAUUACGACGAUGGAUCGAUCGAGGACGUGCUGCUAGCUAGACAUGAGCAGCAGCUACACAGGUGAUGUGUGUAAGUUUUUAUGGUGAAAAAGUGGUUCUAUUUAACAAAAUUCACACAUGAGAUUGUGAGAUUUUAGUGACUGACCCAACCAUCCACAUGUUGUACAAAGUGAGGGAUCUGUGUUUGUAACAUUUCAUAGUUAUUAUUUAUUACUAUUCUUUUGUUUGGAAAUAAGAGGAAAGUUAGGCACCUUUGCUA